CAGCGGUGCGGGAAGGCAACGGAGACACUGCCGGGCGGAACUACAGGACACGGGGUUCCGGCCCGGCCCCGAUUCCCGGCAGACCCCGCGGUGCUCCUUCUCUUCCGGUCCGGCGGUGGCGGCGAGCGUAGCUCGGGUGCGACCAUGGCCAAGUCCAAGAACCACACCACGCACAACCAGUGUGAGCGGGGCGGGGAUCCAGGGCGGUUUAAGGGGGCUGGGACCGGCGCGGUGAUGGUAGCACGGUCUGCCCGGGGGUUUGCAGCGAGAUACGCCCGUAAGUGGCACAGAAAUGGCAUCAAGAAGCCCAAAACCCAUAGAUACGAAUCUCUCAAAGGGGUUGAUCCCAAGUUUCUGAGGAACAUGAGAUUUGCAAAGAAACACAACAAGAAGGGGCUGAAGAAGAUGCAAGCAAACAAUGCCAAGCAGGCAGCUCAGCAGGCUGCUCAGCAGAAAAAGGACUGAUGUGCUUUGAUAAGAAGACCCAGUUUUCUUAUUGGCAUGUGUGUUACAGCAUUUUUUUAAAUAAAAUUGUGUGUAACAAA